UCGUGACGGCGUUUUGCUUUCUGUCUCCGUUACAGAAAUCGGAUCUUUUCCAAACUCCGUUUUUACGAUCUGAACGUAAAGACGUCACGACACUGAACGGAUUGUAAGCUCAGUGACGCUUGCGGACUGAAACAUCAUCACCACCACCACCACCACCACCAUCAUCAUCAUCAUCUCUUUUGCGCGUGUGGAUUAAAGCGGAAGCUUCCUCUCGGUUACAUCAAGCGAAGAGGAAGAAUGAAGACAAGUGAGAGAGCCUCCCUUUUUGGGAGCCAUGGAUGAACACUGGCCCUUGAAUGUCCUGCCCUGCUAUUUAGGUGAUGAAUGGCUGCUCCACCGAGUCAAUUGUUCUGUGCUACUUGAUCCUUCACAUGCUGUCUCUGGAUUUAAUAUAUGCAGACAUUCCAAAACUGUUGGGUUAUUUCAGUGGAUCUACAUUGUGAAAAGCAACACUACAUUUUCGGUGUCAUUCUCACACGCGUUCAAGGCUUCUUUCCGCUCUACCCAAACUAACCUGAAAAGACGCGCAUUAUAUCUGGUACAUGCAUGCUAAGGAUCUCUCUCACUCAGUGCAUGUACCCUGGCCCUGGAGAAAAUCAUGGCAUUUUGUCAAUAAAUGCUGAGGUGUGGUUAGGCCAGCAGUCUCAGAAGUCAAGCAGAAUCAAUGAACACUCUGUGAGUAAUGAGCGGAUAGCUCUUACGUUUAGUGGGCCAGAAAGGAACCACCUGCCAAAACCAAGCCGUGAGCUUGGCUUUUCUUUCUUCCUUCAGACUCGCAUUUCCCUUGCAAAGUAGUUCAGCUCCAUCCCUGGCUUCAGUAUACUGCUUCAGACUGAAAUUAUUACUUCUCUUCAAGAAAGAAAGAAUCUUUACAGUCUGAAUACCUCCUGUAAUCUCCUGGACUGACUUUUUCAUGCCACAAUUAUAGUACAGCAAGAAAACCCAGACAAAAGCCACUCUCACUCUCAAGGAUUAGAGAGUGAAGACACGAAUCCUUUCAAUUUACAGUAAAGUAAUUACGCCUGGCAGAAAGUAGCAUCUACACAAAAGGUAAGAUAGCUCCUUACAUAAAGUAACUAGGCAUCGGGUAAUUGAAAAGAGUCUCAAUUUGACCCAUAGCUGGAGUUAAAAAGGGACAUCAUAGCAGUGAGUCAGCGAUAGUGGUGGUGGCCCUCGCCAUGGUGCUGCCACCACCAGACAAACGGCACGUCUGUCUCACCACCAUUGUCAUCAUGACCAGCAUGGCCUUUAUGGAUGCCUACCUGGUUGAACAAAACCAGGGGCCACGCAAAAUUGGCGUCUGUAUCAUUGUCCUGGUUGGAGACGUGUGUUUCCUUAUAGUGCUCCGCUACGUAGCUGUGUGGGUCGGAGCUGAGGUACGGACGGCACGCCGCGGCUAUGCCAUGAUCCUCUGGUUUCUCUACAUCUUUGUUUUGGAGAUCAAGCUUUACUUUGUCUUCCAAAACUGCAAGGCUGACCGCAAAAGUCUGGAGACUGUAGCAAGGAAGGCUCUGACUUUACUCCUGUCUGUAUGUGUACCAGGCCUCUACUUAGUCUUGGUGGCUCUUGACAGCAUGGAAUAUGUUCGGACUUUUAGGAAGAAGGAGGAUAUGAGAGGAAGACUCUUCUGGGUUGCUUUAGACCUCCUGGAUUUGCUUGAUAUCCAGGCAAACCUUUGGGAACCCCAACGAACAGGUCUGCCAAUUUGGGCAGAAGGGCUGAUGUUCUUCUACUGCUACAUCCUUCUUUUGAUCCUACCAUGUGUGUCAUUAAGUGAGAUCAGUGUGCAGGGUGAAAAUGUAUCACCACAGAAGAUGAUGCUAUACCCCAUGCUCAGUUUGGUUACAAUCAACGUAGUCACCAUCCUCAUACGUGGCGUUAACAUGGUGCUCUUUCAGGACAGCCGGGUCUCUACCAUCUUUGUUGGCAAAAAUGUUGUGGCAAUAGCCACCAAGGUGUGUACCUUCCUGGAGUAUCGGAAACAGUCCCGAGAAUUCCCGGCACGUGAAAACGCAACCGGUAUUCCAAUGGAGAUACAGCAGAACUCAGUGGGACAUGGACAGGCUCUGCCAAAUGCAACAAGCCUCCCACAUGAACCUACACCAGUCCAGGAGAUUAUUGACACAUGACAAAUUAACAAAUUAGAACAGUCCUCAAGGCUCCAACCUGGCACAGUUCUACCACUUGAUGAAUGCAUGAGAGGGGACUUACAGUAUUAUUGCAUCAUUUCUUAGCAUUUGGACUGUGUUUCAACUGGGACAUAUGGAAGAAAUGUUAAAACAUAAAACACAUAAACCAGCUGAAAUUUCUAGGUGCAGCAAAACAGACUUUUUCUACUGACUGAGCUGGCAUAUUUUGCCAGAAUUUCGCUCUGUAAUUGCUGAGUGACAUCAGCUGAACUUGUUUUCCUUUCAAGAACAUUUCUGAGCGUGGGAUUUUUCUAACGCUGCAUUUCUUGCCACAUACCUGACCCAUCAGAUAUGAGCAUCUCUCUAAAUUGGCUCCUGCAAUGUAAAAGGACUUUGGGAAGGUAUAAGAUAGAAGAAAGUAAGCAAUUAUUGAUUUACAACUGAGAGGAAGCUCUGCUUUAGAAAUGGCUGUUUUUAGUUAGGAUGAGAUCUUUGACAAGUGGAUAGUAAUUGAGUGUGUUCAAAUGCUGCAGCUUGUGGUUGUGCAUACAGAGAUUGUGUGGGAUAGUGUGAGGAUUGGAUAAUGAUGAUAGAGUCAAAAAGAGACCAUGGCAACCU